AAUAAUUAAAAAAAAAAAAAAAAACAAAAACAAAAACAAAUGGCUUACGUGGCCAAAUGUACGAGCUCUCCACCAACGCCGACCACUCUUCCUAACCCCCCCUUAUCUUCCUCCGCCACCAACUUCGUGUCGCCUCCCACUUCUCAACAGUCGUCGACGCCGGUCGCGGUGGUUCUCAGCCCCUGCGCCGCCUGCAAGAUCCUCCGGCGCCGCUGCAUCGAGAAGUGCGUUUUGGCUCCUUAUUUUCCUCCGACGGAGCCCCUCAAAUUCACCAUUGCUCAUAGAGUGUUUGGAGCUAGCAAUAUCAUCAAGUUCUUGCAAGAGCUGCCAGAGUGUCAAAGAACAGAUGCAGUGAGCAGUAUGGUGUAUGAAGCAAAUGCAAGGCUACGGGAUCCAGUGUACGGCAGCGCGGGCGCAAUUUGCCAGCUGCAAACGCAAGUGAGCGAGUUGCAGGCACAGCUAGCGAAGGCCAGGGCAGAGGUAGCCAAUAUGCAGCAACAACAAGCCAACUUAUUAGCGUUGAUUUGCAUGGAAAUGAAGCAAUCAGCGGAGCCCAUUUGGGCAUCGCACCUUGCGGAUACCAGUUGGUUCCUUGACGAUGCUACUCUAAGCGCACCGUGGGAGCCGCUCUGGACAUGACCGCAGCCGUUGCAUCCAUAUAUAUUUAAUUUCAUUGU